AAACUGUUUCUGACAGAGACGGAUGAGGUACAACGAAUCCAAGAAGUCAUUUUUACAUUGAGAAUACAGGUAGGCUAAAAAAUAGACCUUAAAUGACCUUCAAUUGUCUAGAUUACCUGGUGGUUGAAUGAAUGGUUUGAUAACUUCUAACGUCGAAUAGAGGGUCUAAUGGUUAACAUUUUAGCGCUUAUACUGCAGUUUCACGCUUUUCAUUCAUUUUCAUCGCGAUUAGUGGUUUCUGUUUUUCUAUGGUUUUGCGGUAGAGUAGGCCCCAGUUCCCCUCAUUAUUGACAAAAAGAAAGUUCCAGAGAUAGCUGAAGAUAUUGAUCAGAAGCCAGUAAUAUAAGGAUGAGAACAGACAGAGUUACCAAGACGAUAAUUUCAUCAGUUAGCAAUGCAGCGCGUUUAAGGGCAGUUACCAAAACUGACAGAAAUAAUUGAGAUUCAUAAAACGUCCGCUAGGACGACCAGAAAUCUUAAAAGCUGUAUCCAAAUUUAUAAACACUCUUUGGUUUACUGAAUCGUGACCUUUUUUCAUUACCAGAUCACCAGCAUUUAUGUCGCAGAGUGAAAUCAAAGCAGCAAAUGAUAGAGACCCCACAUCAACUUGUGAUGAUGAACAAGUGCUUAAUUUUGACGACAGCACUUUGAAAAGUAAAGAAUACUUAAGACUGUUAACAGUGUAGUACCGAACGCCUUAACGCUGAAGAGGCAAAAGAGAAACGUUUGAAAAAAGCCACAUAUAUCUAGUUAGAACUUCCGAUACACAAUAGUGAUAGAACAAAAUUAUGCAUACAACUGAUCUUUAAAGGUAAAUGUGUCAUUCGUCAGUUAACCCUUAAGACCCUAAGAUCAAAAUUAAAAUUCUCAUUUGUCGCCCCUAUUCAUUUACUAUAUAACUAGUGGGGAGAAGUUUAUAAAAUAUCAAGCAAAUACAUCGUGUGUGAUCAUGUCAUUAAUUCUCAUGACCACUCUAUUUUAUAAAGCAUUGCUAUUACAAGGAGAAAUUUGAUGCUAAUUACUCUUAGGGUUUAAAGGGUGAACAAGUAAUUCAUUGCAACGGCGUAGCAAUCGAAGAGCGUAAAGCUGGAUUUACAAGUGUGAACGAGUUAGUAACAUCUGAGCUUAACUACAGAAAGUAACGACAACUCAAUUCAAUUCUGUUUCCUUUUUAGCAAUAGCAGAGGUUUACAACAAUGAAGGAAAUGAAGCAUUCAGUAACAACGAUUAUGACAAUGCCGUUUACUUUUAUACUGAGGGAAUCAAAGUAAACUGCAAAGAUAAGGAUCUCAAAGCAAAACUGUACCGCAACCGGGCAACUGCACACCUCUGUCUGGGUAAAGCUAUUAUGUAUUUUACAUGUCAAUUUUAUUUCUGUCUAGCAGUUUAUGAAAUUAAUAUCUAUUACCAGGCUUUAUGUUUCAGAAAAAAAAAGAAGUACUUUUAAGAUGAUAAAAAUUGCGUCCUGUCUGCUCUUUGUGACACUCCUGAACUGGCGCAUAUUUUCCUUGACUAUGAGUGACUGUCUUUUUAACAUUCACAGGAAAUUACAGCGAAACGUUGAGAGAUUUAAAGAUGCCUCUGAUAAACGACCACACUUAUUCUAAGCAGUAAUAACAGGUAAUUUUAUUAGUUUUUACACAGUGUAAGCAGUUUACCGCGAUUUUUUAAGGACGGCAUCAUUUUACUUCAACCCCUGGGGAAUCCCUUGUGAAAGAGACGGGGAUGCUCAUCGGCUAAUUAAAAUCAAACCUCUGAAUUAAAAGAGACCAAUAAGGGCGUGGCAGUUGAUCCCUAUCAGACACCCUCAUACCACCUCGUCCCCAGGGUCUUCUCAGGCCAUAUUGGAUAACGAAAAGACCCUGGAGACGAGGUUGACCCCUGUAAGUUUUCAAGUAGCCAAUUUUUAAAAACAAUUAUUUUGUGUCCUAAUCUUUCCAGUUCAAAAAGACCCAAAGAGAAAGGCUUUCGUGGUCAGAGGCAGAUGUUUUGAAUACGAAAUUGCAAGUCAAACUUUUAUGAUGUCUCAAGCUGCUGUCACAGUGCUCGAGGAAAGAUUCAAGCCCGGCGAAGGGCGUGGUUGGAAUUGCAAGUGCAUUUUAGGAGCUAGAACUGGUACACGUUGUUAUUGCAUCA